AUGAUGUUAAAAGUGUUAUGUGCUAAUCAUGUGGUGGUAGUGGUGGUGGAGAAGGAGGUGGUAGUGAAAGAGAUGAAGGUGAAGGUGGUGGUGGUGAUGAUGAAGGUGGAGGUGGUGGUUAUUGUGGUAGUGGUAGUGGAGGAGAUGGUGAUUGUGGAGGUGGUGGAGGUUGAGGAGGAGCUAGCAAAGGUUAAGGAGGAGGCAGUGGUGGCGGUGUUGGAGGUAGAGGAAGAGGUGGUGGUUGUGGUAGUGGUGGUCGCGGAGGAGGAUGUGGUGGUGGUGAAGGUGGUGAUGGAGGUGGUGGAGGUGGUGUCAUUUUGA